UUACCCUUAUAGGAAAUGACAAUCGGCCCGAGCUUGGCCAAGGCUUGGCGUAAUGCUCAUUAACUCUGGGGCAAGCUUGAAAUCCAAGCUUGGCUCAAGUCCGUCUAAGCAUACAAAUGAUAACUUCCUGCCAAGACUGAAUAUCAGUACUGAGCCAAGACUGAGAAUAAGUAUUGUUCCAAGGCUGAAAAUAAGUAUUGUGCCAAGGCUGAAAAUAAUAAACCAAGACUUGUCACUUGAAUAUUGGCUGGAUCUUGGUUCAAGACUGGCAAACCAAGACUUGUUAGAUAGAUAUUGGGUGGAUCUUGGCUCAAAACUGAUCAACCAAGACUUUGGCAAAGAAACGUACACUACUGGCCACAAACGGCACUUCUACCCUAUUGCUUUAUCACGAAAUUUUUGA